CCAUAAUGUACACUCCAAAAAAAAAACGAUACUUUGUAAUUCGUACUGUUCAUUACGCACCAUAACUCCAGAAGUUCCACCAAUGGCGACUCUAACUCCAAUUUGUUCGAUAACGAAAUUGAAUUUUAUUGGCCAACAAAAACAACGCAAUAAUCUCAAUUUCACAAUUCAAAAGCAAAAGAGAAUUCCAAACACAGUAAUCCGUUUGGCCGCUUCCCCUAAUCAGAACCAAUCUUCUCCAGGAUUAUACUCCGCCAAGAAAUUUGACCUAACCGCUUCUAACGUUGACCUCGUUCUCGAAGAUGUUCGUCCUUACCUCAUCUCUGACGGAGGAAACGUCGACGUUGUUUCCGUUGAAAACGGCGUCGUUUCACUUAAGUUACAAGGAGCUUGUGAAAGUUGUCCUAGCUCAACUACAACGAUGAAAAUGGGAAUCGAACGCGUUCUUAAGGAAAAAUUUGGUGAUUCCAUUAAGGAUAUUGUGCAAGUUUAUGAUGAUGACCAAUCAAGAGAAACAACUGUUGAGGCGGUGAAUAAUCAUCUUGAGAUAUUGAGACCAGCUAUUAAGAAUUACGGAGGUAGCGUGCAAGUUUUAUCUGUUGAAGCUGGUGAUUGUGUCGUUGAGUAUUUUGGACCGGAAUCCAUUGGAUCAGGAGUCAAAGCCGCUAUCAAGGAGAAGUUUCCAGAUAUUCUCAAUGUUACCUUUUCCACCUAGGCUAUGGUGAUUCUUUCAUUUUCAUGACCAUCUAUGUAGUACCAACAUUUCAAAUUAAUGACGUAUGGCAUCUCACACGUCUCGUGUCAGAUAACCAGUUAUAUUCGAUCAUUUUAUUUUCUGCAAUUUGUUAGUGGUCAGUAUUUGAUAGUCUAAGGUUAGAACAAAUUAUUGUCCACUUUGCAAUUUUAUACUUUUGCUUUUCACAUAGCAUUGUCUUUGUAAAUGAAUUGAAAUGUGAUCAGUACUUCCUUCUGAACAUAGUUGGAUAUGUAUGUAAGCCUCACAUACCAUCGUUUGAUAAUCUGAAACAUGUAUCGUGUAUAAGCAGUUACAUUUCAGUUACCA